AGACGCACAGCUAACGGCUGUUCACACACACGGCGGCGGAGAGGAGCAGCUGCGGCCGGAGCGCUGGGACAUUGCGUGUACUGUUCAGGAGUUUCAGGAGAACGGGGUUCAGGACAACACUUUGACAUACAGCAUGGGAACCUCUUUUAGAAUGGGGGAAGAACUGGAUCACUUUCUUGAAUAUCAAAGAGCCAAACUAGCACAAGAUAAAGCUGAGGUGGAGAUGGAUCCGCCAUACAUGGAGAUCAGGAGCAAAAUCAUCGAGAAUGCCAAUGUAGUUGAUAAACCAAGGACCUAUGCUAAGGAAGACAUUCCUUUUAACAGGCAAUCUCAAAAAGAAGCUGUACAGCGGCAAAUAGGAGAUACCGGCUAUGGAUUGAGUUUACCUCUUGGAGAAGAUUAUGAAAGAAAAAAGCACAAACUCAAAGAAGAAUUACGGCAAGAUUAUCGAAAAUACCUUAAUCAGGGAAAUGCUCAGGCCAAACGAAAGAAGCACCUAAGAACUACUGCUCAAGUGGACCCACUCACUCAAGGAAUGUCCCUCCCCAUUGGUGAGCGGCUGUCAGCCAAGGAAAGACUGCGCCUUGAGAGAAACCAAGAAUACAAUCAGUUCCUCAGAAUGAAGGACGGGGAGCAUGAGAGGCUACAUAAAGCAGCUCUUGAGGAAGAAAAAUAUGUGCCGAACAAUGAAACUCAGGACAGAUUGAAUCCAGAACAGUACCCGUCAGUGCCAGUAUCCAGUCGAGACCAAGCUGUUCCUAAGAAGGAUGCUUACACUUCUAUGGAGGUUUAUGAGCAGCUUCUCAAUAAAAGACGUUCUGAAGCUAAGAGGCCUGGGAGACAAGACAAUCAGACUGAAGCUCAGGAUCCUUUCAGAAGGAGAAAUGUGGACAAUGACACAGUGAAUCAUCCCCGAUACGUUUCUAGAGACUGGGAAUUAGAAAGAAGAGAACAAGAAAGAAGGCCCUUCAGAAUUAAUCUUAAUGAUGUGGAUGACAGUGAUACCAGAAGAUUAAAAUAUGACAGAGAAGUACAAGAAAGACAAUCCAUGGCAUAUAACCCACGUCCUGAAAGAGUUUUACGUCAGCAUGGUGAUGCUCGGGAGAACCAUGGAUAUGGACCAGAUCAAGCCUCUUACUUUCAGAUUGAUAGGAGUGAUCACAGACCAUAUAAAGAAAGAAGAGAUCGACAAUAUCCCAUGGAUUAUGAAGAUGAUUUCCGAGAGCAAACUAAUCGAAGGCCGGAUACUUCAGUUAUGAGGAGCAGGGCAAAAGUUGAAAACCCAGCGCAGCAAACAGACCGUUCAAAGUCUGCCAACAAUAAGGAUGAGAACUUCUCUACAAGCCUUCAUCUUGGUGGAGCUGAUAAAGAUGAUAUUCAGAAGAGAAGGAAGGAGCGUUACAGAGAAGAACUGAUGCAACAGAUGGCUGAACAGCAGAGAAAUAAAAGACGAGAAAAGGAACUGGAACUGACAGUUGCUGCUUCCGGAGCCAUAGAUCCUGAAAAGCAGCUAAAUGAAGAGGAGCCUGACAGGUUACGACAGUUCGGGGCAAUAACUCGCCAGCAGGAAAUGUCAGAGCGAAAUGUCCCAUAUCGACCUGGAAUACUUGUCGACCCACAGAAGACAAGCAGAACAGUUAUUGAGAAGAAGCCAGUCAUUGAAGAAAGGUCCCCACCCGAAAGACCUAGAGUAGCUUUCCAGACUCCUAUGCCAGAGCCACCUGUGACUGGUAAUGCCUUUCCCACAACUUUUAAUCUGGCUAAUGAUGAAUACCAACGAGGAAUAUCUAAUGCCCUUGGAGAAAUAGUCGCCCCCAGGAUUUCAGCUGCACCUCCACCACAACCUCCAGUUCUUGUAGAUAACUACCGAACACCUUAUGAUGAUGCCUAUUACUACUAUGGUGCUCGAAACCCGCUGGACCCAAACCUUGCUUAUUAUCCCCCAAGUAUGAUGGCCGUGCAGGCUACUCCAGGUAUUAACAUGCCUGUCGCACAUGUCAACCAGACUUAUCCAGAAAAUCACAUAGUUGACAAUAAACAGAGAUCAGGUACUGGAAAGGGGGCCAGUUUAGGAGUAUUUCCAGAAGAAAGACCACGACAGACUCGAGACGCUGCUAUUUCAUAUCAGGAGGAGUUACAACAGCAGAUAAGGGAAAGAAAUGACCGGCGUAGAAAAGAGAAAGAAGAGACUGAACGUUAUGAAGCUAAACUGGAGGCAGAAAUUAAGAACUACAACCCAUGGGGUAAAGGAGGUGGCGGAGCUCCCCUGAAGGACCAGAAGGGAAAUCUUAUUACUGACCUUAAGCAAAUGCAUAAGUACAAUGAAGAUGCUUAUCAAAAUCCUGAAACUAGAGCCUUUGAAGACAAGCGGACAGUGGUUGCAGUAGACACCAGUCUUGCUGAUAAUACAUUAUCUGCUGGCAAGAUACCAGGGUUUUCAUUUGCAAAUAAUUCCCAGUUUGCAAGAGGCAAUGUAUUUUCUGAGCCAGUAACUGAACAGCAGGUGCAGCAACAAGAAUCCUACAAGAACUUCUUACGCCGUCAGAUUGAAGAGAAGCGGCGAAAGGAAGAGGAGGAACGAGAACGAAUUCGUCUUGAAGAAGAAAGAGAAGAAAGGCGCCUUGCUGAACAGAGGGCCAAAAUUCAACGAGAAUUUGAAGAGGAGCAAAAUAGGAAGAAAAUGAAGGAGGAAGAGCAACGGCAAAAAAAUGAAGAACUUGUUCGCCUGGCUGAUGAAAGGCGCAAAGAAGCUGAAAGGAAAAGGAAAGAGGAGGAAGCAAAACAUGAUGAAGAGCUGAAACGAUUAUAUGAGCAGGAGAGGACGACCAGUGUACUUGAAGAACAAGACAGGCCUCCAAGGCAACUUUCACCAGUGAUCCCUGCUCUACAACACAAGCUUUCAUCUCGUACUCAGAGGCCACCAACUGCUGAUAGUCGGGCAUCCAUCCAAUCACAUGAUGAACCACAGUCAAGGGCGGUAUCUCCACCAGUCCCAGCGAGACAAAAUCAGCUCAGAGCUUAUGUGGCAGCAGAUGAAAAGAAGAGUGUUAUUAGUGAGCUGACAGAGUUGAGGAAACAACUGCGAAGUGAACAGAGGCGUUUAGAGGGCCGCUUACAAGAUACAGAGCGAGAUAAUGAUUCUAUACCUUCAAUGAGCGGAAGGAGGAGGGAGAAGAGUUCAGCGGAUGUCUUUGAACUGGCGAGACAGAGGUUGCAAGCCACUGUAAGGAGACCAUCUUUGAAGGAUCUGGAUAAUGUUAACGUACAGAACAUCAGAGAGUUCAAUGACCUAAAGUACAGGGAUACUGAUACUCGUGAUGGUGUUAGGACCAUGUUUCCUGAUCCUCCAAAGGAUGAUCAAACACUAGAGAUCCAGCAGCAGGCGCUACUAAGGGAGCAGCAGAAAAAUUUGAACAAGAUAAAGAGAAGACCAGCGAUCCCAGAUGAAUUUGGACCAGUCUAUGAAUACAGUCUCAAUCGCCCUGGAAUGCUCAGUGAUCCAUCAAAAGACCUACUGAAGACCUCACUGCUGGAAUCUGAGAGUGCAUUCAUAGGUGAAAAUGGAGAACCAUAUCCUGCAUUCUUUGAUCAAUUCCCUGAUCUACAUGCAUUACCUUCAGCCAGAGAGCGCAGAAGAAACAAGAAUAAGGUCUUGAACUAUGAAAAUGACAUUCCUCCUGUGCCUCCCAUCCCCUUACACCAGCCGGACCGAUACUCCUUAAACUCUUCGGCAAGCUUCAAUGUAGAUGAAGUGCAAACCAGAAAUGAGGAGCGUCUCCGAAGAUUAAGUAACCUUCAGAAAAGCACAGUCAGCAUAGAUGACGAUCCAGAUAGCUUUGGAAAUGCAGAUGAUUUUCUGAAAUCAUUUCCUACAAAACCCGGUGUCAGACCUCAGUCCGUGGACACAGUCGCAACAGAUCCAUGGAUGCGCCCUGGUACAUCAGAGACACUAAAGAGGUUCAUGGCUGGGCAAAUGAGCCAUGACAAACCUACCAAUGAAAAUGCCUUAACCUUCAACUGGCAGGGCCUGUCCACUGCUCAUGGGUAAUCGGUCUAAACUAUGAGUGAUUUGAGGCAAAUGAUCUUUUCAUUUUCUAUGUUAUUUUUCACCCUUUUUUUCGAGUGAAUUAUAGGAAUUGCACAUUACCUGUCUCAGAUCUGAUCCUGCAGCACAGCCCUUCAUGUGCCUUUUCAAAGAAGUUGAAUGUCGAUCACUAAAGCACUUUCUGUACUUUGUGGCCUAUAAUGAAUGUUACUUAAAUGUAUACAUCCAGAUGCUUGAUACUAGGCUGACAUAGAAUUUUGUGAGGUCAUUUUUCAAGACUAACAAUAGACCAGGUACGACUCAAGUCCUCACUUUCUUCCAAGCUGCUAUACAGCCUAUAUCGGUGUUUCCCAACCAGGGUGCCUCUAGAUGCUGUCCGGGGCAUGCUGGGAGUUGUAGUUUUGCAACACCUGGAGGCACCCUGGUUGGGAAACACUGGCCUAUAUACUCUACUUUAGAGCAUGGCAUUUUGUUUUAAUUCUGUAUUCUAAUGUAUACUUGACUCUUCCACAGGCGACAAUGUAGUGGAGAUGACAAAAUUGUGACAUGUACACUUACCACACAAUGGGCUUGUGUGUAUAAUUGUAGUAAAUUGACUUAAAGGGCUACUCCGCCCCUAGACAUCUUAUCCCCUAUCCAAAGGAUAGGGGAUAAGAUGUCAGAUCGCGGGGGUCCUGCUGCUGGGGACCCCCAGGAUCUCGGCUGCAGCACCCACCUCAACGGCUUCCGGCAACGCCCCCUCCAUAAGCUUGCAUUGAGGGGGCGGAGCGUGACAUCACACGGGGGCGGAGCCGUGACGUCACUAUGCUCCGUCCCCGUGCUCACCAGUAAUCCGGGGGCUGAUUCUAACGCGGUGCAGCGUGGAAGAUCACGGGGGUCCCCAGCGGCGGGACCCCCGCG